AUGAUCAUCCACUCCGGCCUGGCGAGGCACAUCUCGGUUCUGCUGGGCUACUUCUAUCCUGCGCUGGCAUCGGCGAAGACCGCCGUACAGCAAGACCCCGCCGCCUUCACGCAGUGGAUGACGUACUGGGUGGUCAUGUCCGUGUUCGCUUUGGUGGAGGUAUUCGUGGACUUCUUCGUCUCAUGGGUGCCGUUCUACUACGAGGCGAAGAUCGUGCUGAUCGUGUGGCUCGCUAUGCCGAGAUACCAGGGCGCUAGCCAGAUCUACCGCAGGCUGCUGCAUCCCUACCUGGACAAGUACGAAGACAACAUCGACAGCGGCUUGGAGGAAAUGAGGGCCGGGGCCACCCGCCGGAUUCAGUCCUUAGGGGCCAGCGCCGCUACGGAGAUCGCGAAGGCGGUUACAAAACAGGGAUCCACGGCGGUAGGCGUCGCUGCAUGCAGGCGGAUGGAUCGGUCUUUCAAAGAUCUCAUGCUGGCGCGUGUGCUUGGCAUCGCAGCUGCCGGGGGUGCGGGGGCGCUUGAUGAAAGGCCCGUGCGGUCUGCUCCUACUUCACCCAUCCCUCGGCCAACGAAUGAUGCUGAGGAAAAUUCACGAAGGCUAGAGGAAGAAGAGGAGGAAGAAGAGGAGGAGGAAGAAGAGGAGGAGGAGGAAUCAAUGGCCGCUGCGAACACCAGCAUGCUGCUAGACUUCAUGGAGGUUAUGAAGGCCGGGGUGUUUGUGCAGGCACGGUCCUCCCUCGCCGGUAGGAACGGCAACAUGACAUGGUGCGCUCAGAAAAUCCGUCUAGUACACGGGACAAGCUGGUGCAUGACGGAGCUCAUCGACGGGCCGGAAUCACAGUUGGAUAGAGACGAAGGAGGCGAAGAGCAACGGUUUCAGGUGCUAGCGGCAGAAGCAGCAGAAGAUGCGGCGUCAGACGCGUCGCUGCUCGUGUUGACGACAGACCGAGGACGGGUUGAGCUGUCCCCGCCCGGGCGCGACGACCGAGAUAGUAUGCUGAUCGGGUUCGAGCUUUUCCUGGAGUCUUAUGUUGGUGGUGAUGACGGCGACAGCGGUGGCGGCGGCGGCGGUUUCAAGGAGGUGGCAUUGCCGGAUCGGGAUAUCGCGCGGAGAAGGACGAGGCGCUGGGAAGGAGGAACGGGGGAAGGGGAAGGGAUGGUCUUGGAAUCGGCGGACGAUGACAGUGACGGCGACGAUCGCCAUCACCAACAAUGAGGGCCAACAGCGACGGUGGGCAUGGACGCCCACACGUUUAGUCUCUCUUGCUGCUGUGACCAAUGGCUGUGGAAUGGAAGCUAACGCCGCUGCUAUCAUUGGGCUGUAGAUAUCUAACAUGACGCUUCUGGGGUGGGGUUCACAUGCGCCCAUCUCCCUGUAAGCGCUGAGUGUGCA